AUGUCAAAGUCAUUCAUAUCAUACAACAACAUACACAAGCUAUGCAAAAAAGGCGCCAGCGACAUCAAGCAGAACGGCCCGGUUGACUUGAUCAUAGCUAUAGGGGGCGGAGGCUUCAUUCCCGCCAGAAUAUUGAGAACUUUUCUCAAAGAAGAGGGAAAGAAAAAUAUCCCUAUUCAAGCCAUUGGGUUGUCUCUCUACGAGCAAAUGACAGAGGACGAAGACAAGAUCGGCAAGGAGGUGGUGCGCACGCAAUGGCUUGAUUUUGGCAAUUUAAGUCAACAUUUCGAUUCGUUGAUUGGAAAAAAUGUGUUGAUUGUCGAUGAGGUUGACGACACCAGAACCACGUUACACUAUGCCGUGAGCGAGUUGGAGAGAGAUGUGUUGGAAAUGCAGCAGAAAUUGGGCAGAACAGACGAAAAAACCACGUUUUCCGUGUUUGUUCUUCACAACAAAGACAAGCCCAAAAAGGCACAACUUCCGGACGAAAUGUUGCAAAAUGGACGGUACAUUGUGGGAGAAACUGUGGUGGAUAAAUGGAUUAUUUACCCGUGGGAUGCUCAGGAGAUUGACGAGCACACGGAAAAGGCACAGGAACAGGGAAAUAUAUAG